UUGAAAUCAGAGAGACAAAGUAACUAGUUUUAGAACUUAAGGGAGUGUAUAAUCUAUAGAAAAAUGUAUCAGUCAUGGAAGAAGAGUGCAACUGCAGUCACUAUGGUCUUAUUUCUAGUAAUACAGUGCUGUUGCUAUUCUGCAGCUAUAGCUACUGGUGAGUUUAAAGAAGAAGUUGAAUCAAGCACAGAAGGCAUAGAAAAGAUUAUGAAUGAAACAUACUUCAACAAUACCAACAUAACUAAAUCAGAGGACAGAGGGAAAUUUGUUAAGAUAUUGUAUGAUCUCUGUUCUUUCUACCAAUCCAUAAGAGAUUACAAGGAGAUCACAAUCAAUGACUCAAGCAAAGUCACUAAAGCUAUCAAGAUUGUCCUUAACGAGACUUAUAAUGACAGCUGCAAGUGGUUAUGUGAUAAUUUAGGUGAUACAAACUUCGACUGCACUGCAAUAAAUUCAAGAAAUGUUACAGAGUUGUGCCUAACAGUAGAAGCUGCAACUACUGCCAAUGAGCUAGCAGACGAGUUAGGGGAAGUCAUGGAGCCACAGAGAGAAGACAUCACUAAAAGCUAAAAAAAGGCGGCAAGACAAU